AUGGACAGCCAUAGUUCCAAGGCUUCCGUCGACGACAAUAACCUGCAGCAGCGCCGGAACAGACUUACUAAGAAGCCUCCCUCUCACCAUCACGGCCACAGCUUCUCCCUCACCGCCGAUGGUCGCUUUGACGCCCAAUCGCUCAAGAGCAAACGAAGCUCCACGAGUCUGAAGCGAGCUCCAAGCGCUCCACACAGCAGGAGUACCGCCACCUCCACCACCUCUACCACCACCACCUCUACCACCACCACCACCUUUACCACUACCACCUCCAUCGCUGCCACUGCUGCCACCACUGCUACUUCUCCCGCCGCUACGACAGCACCGGCCAGCAGCAAGGGCAAGAGCAAGAGCGACAGCGACAGGAAGCGCCGAAGCAAAGGCAAAAACAACGCAUCCCCCGUCGCCGCCGACGGAGCGCGAAUUGGGACUGGAAUCGGCGUCGCCAUUGGCCUGGGGCAUUCGGCGUCGGGCGAUCAGCGUUUGUCCGGCUCCCAAUUCCACCAACCCCUCUCGUCCCAAACGCCCGAGGAAUUCGUCGGUGCGCCCUUUGACGGCAACUCGAUCCUCAGCCAUUUCGACGCCGCCAAGUCGCCCGCCUACCCCCGGCACCCUCCUCAUCCCCGUACCGCGCCGCCGCCCUUACCGCCGCCAUCGCACGCCCCGCCCUCGAACACGAGCCCCGACCCGAGUGGAAUGAGUCCCCCCUUGCGACACUCGGCCAGCUUCUCUGCCCUCGACACCAACAUGUCGGAGAAGUCCCAUGGCGCACGUGUCAACGAAACCCAGGUCGCCCCUCCGAAGCGAUACUCGGAUGAGGGGAAAGAACUCAAGGGGCCAGGCGUCCUGAGGAAGAAGUCGGGCUUCUCCGGCCUCAUGAGCACCCUGGUGGGGUCGCCCAAGAAGCCCGUCAUCUCGGCGCCAGAGAAUCCGGUUCACCUAACUCACGUCGGCUACGAUAGUUCCACUGGUCAAUUCACGGGCUUGCCCAAGGAAUGGCAGCGUCUCAUAAACGAGAGCGGGAUUCCAGAAAAUGCUCGGAGGGAGAACCCGCAGAUGAUCGCGGAUAUCGUCACGUUCUACAAGGAAACGACGGAGAAGCCGCACGAGGAUCAGGUGCUCGAGAAGUUUCAUGAUGUGAGAGCCCCGGAACUGCGCGGCCCCCCCGGUGGAAUAGCAACAUCCCCCGGCAUGUAUGCGUCAAACUAUGCGGGUAUGUCACCUAUGAUCAGUCCACCCGCAAGUCCGAGAUUUCCAAUCGUGAAUAAUGAAGGCACCUUUGAGAACCCCCGCGCUCCUCCUCCGGUACCUGUACCCGGAAAGAGCCCGGCGCUGCACUCCAUGAAGGACCUUUCCAACUUGCAGCCCAGUCGACCUGCGCCGAAACCGCCCGUUUCCAUGCAGACGCGGACCACACAGCAGCAGCUGUCAUAUCCUGCUAAGGACUCGGGUAUCGGCAUGGCGCAGGCCGGCGAAGACGUGCACCUGGCGAGUGGUGGUUACCCCCAGCCGGCGAAGGAGGGCGUUCCCAUGCUCCCCGAGGAGCACCGGUCGAGAUCCAACUCACGAGCCAACGGAAGUCAGGCCUACUCGCCCCCCGGCCAGCCAUCGCCCGCGGCCCAAGCGGCGUAUCAGCAUCAGCUGAUGCAGCAGCAGCAGGAGCAAGCCAUGGCCCAGGCCCAGGCGGCUAUGAAGGGUCAGCUGAGCAGGUCGGCGAGCAUCAAACAAGCAGCCUCUCAGCCGAUCGCCUCGAAUUCGCAGCACCAGAUGGGCCGCCCGCCGGAGGCCAAUGGCGUCGGCGGCGCGCCUCAGCCCGGACGCGUCGGCCCCCCGGCCCAGUCACGCCCCCGCAACCGACCGCGACAGAGCACGACCAUAGACGUGGCGGCAGCGCUGAGGCGCAUCUGCUCAGAAGGCGACCCCCGCGAGAUAUACCGCGGCUUCACCAAGAUCGGGCAGGGCGCGUCCGGGGGCGUAUUUACUGGCCACGAGCGAGGGUCGAACCGGCUCGUGGCUAUCAAGCAGAUGAACCUGGAGCAGCAGCCUAAGAAGGACCUGAUCAUCAACGAGAUCCUGGUCAUGAAGGAGAGCUCGCAUCCGAACAUAGUUAAUUUCAUAGAUAGCUACCUGUGCGGAGGUGAAUUAUGGGUAAUCAUGGAGUUCAUGGAAGGCGGCAGUUUGACGGACGUCGUCACAUUUAAUAUAAUGACGGAGGGUCAGAUCGCCUCGGUGUGCCGGGAGACGCUGAAAGGCCUGCAGCAUUUGCAUUCCAAAGGGGUCAUCCACCGAGACAUCAAGUCCGAUAAUAUCCUACUAUCGCUAGAUGGUAACAUUAAGCUCACUGAUUUCGGCUUCUGCGCCCAAAUCAACGAAGCCCACAACAAGCGCACCACGAUGGUCGGCACGCCGUACUGGAUGGCACCGGAAGUUGUCACCAGGAAGGAAUACGGGAGGAAGGUCGACAUCUGGUCCUUGGGUAUCAUGGCCAUCGAGAUGAUAGAGGGCGAGCCCCCGUACCUCACGGAAUCGCCACUCCGUGCGCUGUGGUUGAUCGCCACCAACGGCACGCCCCAGAUCAAGGAAGAGCACAACUUGUCCGCCGUCUUCCGGGAUUUCCUGUACUUCGCUCUGAAGGUAGACCCGGAGAAGAGGGCGAGCGCUCACGACCUAUUACGGCACGAAUUCAUGAAAUCCUGCGUAGAUUUGUCGUCACUAUCUCCUCUCGUUAAAGCAGCUAGGGAGGCACGGUUAGAAGAGAAAGCUAACAAGGGCCAAUAA